CGAACGGUUUAGUGCGCGCUCGCCUUCCAACGCAGCUACUUGUAUUCCACUUUCGGUUCUUCCUCCAUCCGUUAGCUCGCGACGCGCCAUCCAAAAACAGAUAGAAAAUGGAGGACGAUGAGAAGAUGGAUAUCAUGCGCAAGGCAUUCCAAAUGUUCGAUACGCAAAAGACCGGAUUCAUUGAGACGCUGCGUCUGAAGACCAUACUGAACAGCAUGGGUCAGAUGUUCGAGGAGAGCGAGCUGCAGGAUUUGAUCGAUGAGAACGAUCCGGAGGACACGGGCAAGGUGAACUUCGAUGGCUUCUGCAACAUAGCAGCGCAUUUUCUGGAGGAGGAGGACGCCGAGGCCAUACAAAAGGAAUUGAAAGAAGCAUUUCGUCUGUACGAUCGUGAGGGUAACGGUUACAUAACCACAUCGACGCUCAAGGAAAUUCUGGCUGCACUCGAUGACAAACUAUCGUCCAGUGAUCUCGAUGGCAUUAUAGCGGAAAUCGAUACCGACGGUUCCGGCACAGUGGACUUUGAUGAAUUCAUGGAAAUGAUGGCGGGCGAAUAGAGCGCAAAA